AUGACUUGGCUCGAUGAGAUGGAUACAGUAGUUGAUAUAAGUGGUUGUGCAGAACAGAAUAUUGUGAAGUUUGUUUCACAAUCAUUUAAGGGUGACGCUUUAGCCUGGUGGAGGUCGUUAAUCCAAGCUACUGGAAAGAUUCCGUUGUAUAGCUUGUCUUGGGAUCAGUUUGUAGCAUUGAUCAAGGAAAAUUUCUAUCCACAGCACGUGGUGGAGAAAAUCGAGACCGACUUCUUGACUCUUGUCAUGAAGAACUUGGAUUGUCAGGCAUAUCUUACGAGCUUUAACACCAUGUCCCGAUUGGUUCCCUAUUUAGUUACGUCGGAACCGAAACGCAUAGCACGUUUUAUUGGAGGUUUAUCCCCAAAAAUCAAAUGGAAUGUGAAAGCAUCCACACCUACCACAUUCAGGUCAGUGGUAGAUCUGUCUCUAUCUCUCACACUUGAUGCUAUCCGAAACAAAUCUGCCAAAGCUUCUGAGGAAGGAAAGCGAAAACAAGAGGAUGAGAGUUCUCAUCGCUCCGAUAAGAAACGAAAAGGGAACUCAGAUCAUAGGAAGGGUUCUGGGUUUAAAAAGGAUAACCAGCAGUCGGGUGAGAAACCCAAAUGUAAAACCUGCCAGAAACAUCAUUUUGGGAAGUGCAGGUUUGAAUCAAAAUCGCAGUCGCAGUCAAAGCCUAUUGGAUGUGGGAUCUGCAAGUCCAAAGACCAUAAGACUUUAGAUUACAAGAAAUUGAAAGAUGCAACCUGUUAUGGUUGCAACGAAAAGGGUCACAUUAAGACUAACUACCCUAAGAAUCCAAAGAAGCCUGAAGAGGCUAAGAAGACCAAUGCUCGGGCCGAUCAUGAAAAACAUCUCCGAUGCAUUCUUAAACUUCUUCAGCAAGAGAAGCUCUACGCCAAAUUUUCAAAAUGUGAGUUUUGGCUACGUGAAGUUCAAUUUCUUGGGCAUGUAGUGAGUGAGAGUGGUAUCUAG